GGAAGCGCGGGACCCGUUUCAAAACCCUAGUCUUAUAUUUCAUACGGUGUUCAUAUAGAACUGAAAAAGCCUGGAAGAGGUGGUGAAGCCGAAAGAACAGAAGCAGGCGCUGCUGAAUCUGAUUCUUCGACAAAGGUUGCAUUACUUAUUCCACUCCAGACGUCCUUGUAGUCCAGAGCCAGUUUGUGCGCUGGGGCAACAAUGGAGACUGCCAGAACAGUGAAAGAUGUAUCGCCUCAUGAAUUUGUUAAAGCGUAUUCUGCUCAUCUGAAACGAUCAGGAAAGAUUGAGCUUCCUCACUGGACUGACAUUGUGAAGACCGCUACUUUCAAGGAGCUUGCUCCUUAUGACCCCGACUGGUACUUUGUCAGAGCUGCAUCCAUGGCAAGGAAGAUUUACUUGAGGCAGGGCAUUGGUGUAGGUGGCUUUCGGAAGAUCUAUGGUGGCCGCAAGAGGAAUGGUAGCCGUCCACCCCAUUUCUCCAAGAGCAGUGGCUCUAUUCCUCGUCAUAUCCUUCAGCAAUUGGAAAAGAUGAAUAUCAUCGAGAUUGACCCAAAGGGUGGGAGGAGGAUCACAUCCAGUGGCCGACGUGACCUUGAUCAAGUUGCUGGAAGGAUCAUUGUUGUAGCACCCUGAGUGUUUUUGAGGUUGUCUUUUGAUGUGUUAUCAUUUAGAUGCAACUGGGGAGAGUAUUUUUAAGCCAAUUUAGUCUCCACAAUUUUCUAAUGAGUACUAAUUUUUUUACUUCUAAUUUCAUAUUGUUGCUUUUUGGUUAUUUGGUAACUAUUAUUGUGUUCUUCUGCUCUGGUUUGUGGAAUUUGCAAUUGAUAAUGGAGGUUUGCCCUAUUUGCUACCA